AGGAGCGCGAGGCGCAGCUCACGUACGCGCGACUGAGCGAACUGGAGUCCGCCUACGCACAUGACGCUGGGGACGCCGCGGCGGGGCUGCGCGAUGCGGAGCGGCGCAACACGGCGCUUCUGCAGCGCAACGCUGCCCUGCAGGAGGAUGUGGAGACGGCGCAGCAGCAGCGCCAGGCCAUGCAGGAGCGCUGUGAGGUGGCGGAGGAGGGACUCCGCCACGCGACAGAGAAGCACCGUAGCAACGAGCUGCAGCAGAAGCGCCAAAUCCAACAGCUGUUGGAGCGCAGCGAGGCGGUGGCGAGGGAGCUGCAGCAGCUGCACGAGGCACAUGCGGUGCUUAGCGCGGAGCGUGACGCGCUGCUGCGGGAGCAGCUGAACACCCGAAAAGAGACCGAGCGUAUGAGCCACCACCUUGAGGACACCAACAGGCACAACGAUCAGCUUCAUAAGGAACUGCGGCGGCAGAAGGAUUCCCACAACGUGGAGAUGCAGGCGGUGCGCGAGACGCUUGUCGACGCGCAGUCUGAACUGACGAAGUGCCGCCGUGCGAUCGUGGAGGCGGAGGGGCGGGAGCUGGAGAUGCGCCACGCACUGUCCACCCUAGAGCAGGAAAAGGCGCUAUGCGUGGAGGAACUCGAGAAGCUGUCAAAGCAGGCACUCGAGGAGCAGCAGUUUACGGCUCGUGAGCGCUCCGAGAAGCAGGAGAGGGCCGCGCAGCUGCAGUCCGAGAUCGCACAGCUUCAAGACGCCGUGCACACUGCGCGGCAGGAGUGCAGGCUACUCGAGGUGAAAUGCGCGCAGCACGCCGAUGAUACAGACCUGCUGCGACGACAGCUCGCCGACCUGACGGAGCGCCACCGCAGCUUGCAGCGAGAGGCCGCAGCUCAGCAGGAGCAGCAGGCGACAACGUUGAAGACGCUACGUAGCGAGAACGCUGCCCUUCAGGCGCAGUUGGGCGACGCAGUAGACGCCGAGCGGCAGAAGCAGCGAGAGUACGAGCGUCUCGAGGAGCGCAUGUUGCGCAAAAUCGAGACAGGCCGCCUCGCGGAGGAGGCGCUGCGGCAGGAGAACGCUGACCUGCAGCGUGGCUUGCAACAGUUGGAGCGCCAACUCGCGUCCGCCACACACACCAUCCAGGGCAUGGAGAGCAGCGCGUCACGGCAGCAGCUGGCGGUGCGUGCCCUCGCAGAGGAGGUGGAGCGCCACAAGGCGCAGGCCGCCACCGAUCUCGAGGAGCGCGCGCAGAUACGCAGCGCCCUGCAGGAGAAGACGCUGCAGCUCGAGCGCGUGACACGUGAGGCGGCCGCCGAAGCGGAGGCGGCGCUUUCCAAGGCUAACGAGUACCACCGCGCCAACCACGAUGCUGUCGAGGCAGCAACGCGGCGCGAGC